AUGCCGCCAAAGAAUCAGCGACGCUCGCACACAAAAUCUAAAAAUGGCUGUAGCCAAUGCAAAGUACGGCGCAUCAAGUGCAACGAGCAGCACCCAGUAUGCAACAAUUGUGAACGCCGACAGAUAUUUUGCGACUUUUCCUUGUCUCCUGGUGCCAGCAAUUCCCCCGGCAUCACGGAUCAAAGCCAACAGCUCGAAGGCUCAACCUCAGCCAGUAUUAGUCAGAGGACACCAUCCCAGAUAGUGGUAGACCCAUUCCAACUGCCAGACGUUGUGAGCACUAAAACCACUACCGAUCUAGAUAUCACAGAUCUUCGAUUAAUGCAUCAUUUCACCAGUGUAACAGCCUUAGAUCUAGCCAACGACCAAUCGCCGGAAGCCCAAGCGGUGUGGCAGGAGCAUGCGGUCAAACUUGGCUUCAAGCAUCACUUCUUACUCAGAGGCAUAUUGGCGAUCUCAGCUUUCCAUCUAGGAUUUCUGUAUCCUGAGAAGAAGGCCGAAUAUGCCAUGAUUGGUAGUUCUCACCAAAGCAUUGGGUUGGCCGAAUUCCAAGCGACCUUGCCGCAUGUUAACGGAAAUAACGCUCACGCUCUUUUCGCCUUCUCUUGCUUGAUUAUUGUACUGGCAUUUGCUUCUACCUCAAAGGAUAAGGCAAGAGACCUUAACAAAGAGGUUCUGCACUGGUUUUAUCUGUUGAGGGGUGCCAAUAUCGUGCUGAACAUGCACUCCGAAACCAUUCGAUGCAGUUUCCUUAAGCCGGUGUUGGACGAGAUGGCACACAUCGAGAACACUGCAGCCUAUCGGUUCCCUCACACAGAGCAGAUCACAAAACUGUUUCGGAUAUGCAACUCCAAAGAGCAGGACCAGGAAUCUGCUCAGGCGUAUGAUUUGGCAAUCCACUCUUUACUCAGCACCUUCAUUCAAGUAUCCUUACUCAGGGAUCGAGGCCAUGGGACUGUUCUCGCUACAUUCGUCUGGCCUAUCAAUCUUUCACCAAGAUUUUUAGACUUAUUGGAGGAAAAACAGCCUGAGGCAGUUAUUAUCCUUGCUCACUAUUGUGUGCUCAUUUAUUGGUCGGAAAGCCCGGACGCCAACGAAACUUGGUUCAUCAUGGGCUGGUCAAAAUACAUGUUGGAAACAAUCCGGGAAAUCGUUCCUGAAUCAUGGCAAGAGCAUCUACAAUGGCCGCAAGCAAUGAUUGAAUGA